UCCGGCGCGCCAGAUUCAACUUUUUGUCUGAGAGUUCGGUUCCUCUUACAGUUUUAGCUCUAUUUAAUUUAUUCGUCAAUUAAUUGUGUUGUGUUUUUUUUCUUUUUUCUUUUUUGCAUCAUACUUUAAUAAUGGACUUAGCUCAUCUUCCAGGUCUGUCAAAUUCUCCGAGGAGAACACGGGGACAGAUUCAGGUAAUCUUUGGACCGAUGUUUUCAGGCAAAAGCACUGAGCUGAUGAGAAGAGUCCGUCGCUUCCAGGUGGCCCAGUACAACUGCUUGGUGAUCAAAUAUGCCAAAGACACUCGGUAUUCUGACACAGGCAUGGCCACACAUGACAAAAACACAAUGGAGGCUGUAGCAGCGAACCGUCUGGAAGACGUGCGCUCCAUGGCGCUGCAGGCUUGUGUCAUCGGCAUCGACGAAGGCCAGUUUUUUCCCGACACGGUGGAGUUUUGUGAGGAGAUGGCAAAUUUAGGGAAGACAGUCGUCGUAGCAGCUUUGGAUGGAACCUUCCAGAGAAAGCCGUUUGGAAACAUCCUGAACCUCAUCCCUCUGGCUGAGAGUGUGGUGAAGCUGCACGCCGUCUGCAUGCAGUGCUACAGGGAGGCCUGCUACACCAAGAGGAUAGGGGAAGAGAAGGAGGUGGAAGUGAUCGGCGGAGCUGACAAAUAUCAGGCGGUGUGUAGAAACUGUUUCGGAGGCCUGACUGUGGACAAGGAGAACUGCUCUCCCUUCAGGAAAGAGACGCCGCCACAUGUCCAGGCAGGAAAACUCUUGGAGGCUGGAGUCACUCGGAAGCUGUUCUCCUCACUCCAUCUCUGAAGACAAAUAUAAGGCUUGUUGCAGACGUUGACACAUUAAUCGGUUUUGGGUGUGUGCGUAUGUUAGAGUCUUGUAAAUUUAAUAGUUACAUCUAGAUUCUAGUUAAAAAUGUUUUUAACUAGAUUACUACAGUUGCUGAACAAUGAAAUAUUAUCAGCCCAGUUAAACUGCUGUUUGUGCUGUAAGCGUUGUGCUCUAUCAUUUAGGUGAAAGAUGUUAAAAUGCCCAUGAAUAUAAGGAAACAACCCACUGCUGUAGGGUUCCCUUCACUGCAGCGUUAAGAUCUGUAACGUCCAUAGUGUUAUCUUUUCAUAUGUCUAUUAAAUUAUUUAUAAAUGAACAAAAUGUGUUUUCGCCAUAAUUUGUACACUUCAUGGAAACAUUGUAUCGCAGGCCAAAAAGAAGUUAAAUAUUUUUAACUCGGUACAUGAACAGUGUGGUGUGUAAUUCGAUGCCCUCAAGUCCAAUGGAGGACCAAAAUAACCUGUUUGAAUCCUGGCAGACCUCGAGGCCAGGCGGUGAGUUGGUUCUUGACUGUUGCCAAAUAAAACCUGUAUUACUACAGCACAGGAAUGGACUGAACAUUGUCUGAAUGGCUUUAUUCUCUUAACAAAAGGUCAAUCACAGCUGUGUUUCUGUCACCAUGACAUUAAAUUCAAGCAAAAGUCACCUUCAUGCUCAAAACAUGAUUGGAGGAAAAA